GCGUGGCCUUCAAUUUUUUUAUUGCCCAUUUGCUUAUGCACUCUAUCCAUCUGUAUUUUCUCUCUACUCCCGUUUCUUCAUCAAAGGCCGCAAAACAUUGCUGCAGAGUAGGGAAGCUUAAACCUUAGUCCAGAGCAGAACAGCAAUGGCUUCAGCACUCCAUAAAAAAAAGGAUGGUUCCACAAAAUCAGUUGCAGUUGUGGGUGGAGGUGUCAGUGGGCUUACCACAGCAUAUAGGCUGAAAUCACAUGGUUUGAAUGUCACUCUGUAUGAAUCGGAGGGAACAGCAGGAGGAAGAAUUAGAAGCAUUGCUUAUGGUGGUCUUAUAUGGGAAGAAGGGGCAAAUACCAUGACAGAAAGUGAGAUGGAAGUCAAAAGAUUGAUUGAUGAUCUGGGACUUCGUGAAAAGCAACAAUUUCCCAUUUCACAGAACAAAAGGUUCAUUGCAAGAAAUGGAACACCUGUAUUGAUUCCAUCAAAUCCUCUUGCGCUGUUUGGGAGCAAGCUCCUUUCUCCACAUUCCAAGCUACGGGUUAUUUUGGAACCUUUAUUUUGGAGAUCUUCAAAUAGGAAAGGUGAUAUUUCAAAGGUGUCUGACCAAAAUCUUCAAGAAAGUGUUGGGGAUUUCUUUCAACGUCACUUUGGACAGGAGGUUGUUGACUAUCUAGUGGAUCCUUUUGUUGCUGGAACUAGUGCCGCGGAUCCUAAUUCACUAUCGAUGCGCCAUGCAUUUCCAGAGAUUCUGAAUCUUGAACGCCGGUUUGGUUCCAUCCUAGUCGGGGUCAUAAAGUCAAAAAUGUCAAGUAAAGGAGAAGAGAAAGGGAAGCAUGAAGCUACUCGUAGAAAGCCAAAACAUCAGCGGGGUUCAUUUUCCUUUCAGGGUGGAUUGCAGACACUGACAGACAAACUUGCUGAAGAACUUGGCAAUGAGAACGUGAAACUGCAUUCCAAAGUAUUAUCAUUAUCCUACGGCGAUGGUAAUGGUGAUUCCUUUAGCAAUUGGUCAGUUUCUUACAUCAAAAAUCAGUCCGACCAGAGGAAGUUGUUGCUGAAGCAAUCUUUUGAUGCAGUCGUAAUGACUGCUCCAAUUCGUAAUAUGCAAGAAAUGCAAAUUUCAAAGUGUGGAAAGCCAUAUAUGCUUGAUUUUCUGCCAAACGUGAUGUAUUUGCCACUAUCAAUUAUAGUUACUACCUUCAAGAAAGAAAAUGUCAAGCUACCCCUUGAAGGAUUUGGUGUCUUAGUUCCUUCCAAGGAGCAAGGCAGUGGGUUGAGAACCCUAGGCACGCUCUUUUCUUCCAUGAUGUUUCCUGAUAGGGCUCCAAAGGAUCAGUAUCUGUAUACUACCUUUGUAGGAGGAAGUCGGAAUAGAAAUCUAGCAAGUGCUUCAUUAGAUGAAUUGAGAGAGGUUGUCACUUGUGAUCUUAAAAAAUUGUUGGGUGUAGUUGGUGCGCCUACAUUUGUGAGGCACGUGUAUUGGGGUGAUGCAUUUCCCUUGUAUGGACACAAUUACGACAUGGUUCUUAAAGCUAUAGAGAAAAUGGAACAAAAUCUUCCAGGAUUCUUUUAUGCAGGUAACCAUAGAGGUGGACUCUCUGUCGGAAAAUCAAUAGCUUCAGGAUGGAAGGCUGCGGAGCUCGUGUUAUCCCACCUCAACGUUUCUCAGAGUAUGCCUGAGAUAUCUUUGUGUAUCUAGUUUGCCUCCUUUUAAGGUAUGCCUGAGAUAUCUUUGUGUAUCUAGUUUGCCUCCGUUUAAGGUAUGCCUGAGAUAUCUUUGUGUAUCUAGAUUGCUGCUUAUAAUGGGAGGAUCCAGAGAGUUUGAUUCAUGCAUGUUAACAGAACCACUAAUCAAAUACAUUUCACACUA